CGCAUUCUCAAGUUCUCGAUUCCCGCCCUCUCCAUCCCCCUAGCCGACCCCAUCAUGAGCUUUGUAGACGCUGUUUGUGUCGGGCAGUACGCGAGCACGCUAGAGCUUGCUGCAAUCGGCCCGAACCUCGUCAUCUUCAACUUCAUCAACUUCACCUUCUCCUUCCUCGCCAUAGCCACCACUCUCUCCAUGUCCGCCGCUCUCGCCUCCCAGGACCGCAAGACAGCAGGGAGGAUCGUCUCCUCUUCACUCCAGCUCGCGCUCCUGUCCGGUGUUGCCAUCAUCGCAGGAGCAGUCGCGUUCUCCUUCCCUCUCCUGGCAGCCACCGGUGCUGUCCCUGAGCUCCUCCUGGUCGCGCAGAAGUACCUCCUCAUCCGCAUCUGGGCCUCUCCUGCUGUGCUCGCCACCAUGGUGCUUCAGAGCGGCCUUCUGGCUCAGCGCGACUCCUUCACCUGCUUUCUCGCUGUUCUCCUCUCCGCCGCAUCCAACAUCGCAGGAGACAUCUUUCUGAUCCGCUUCCUCGGCCUCGGCCUCGAGGGAGCAGCAUGGGCGACGCUGGCAGGGAACUACCUCGCCCUCCUCCUGCUAGUCCUGUUGGGCUACACGAGGGUGGGGCAGCGAAUGAGGGGGACGGCAGUAGAGCGACUUGAGCUGGGGCUGAUUGCGGUACAGGCUUGUGGACCUCUCUUCUUCGUCUCAGCCUGCAAGAACCUCUGCUACCUCAUGCUUCAGUCGGUCGCCACCUCCUUCUCCACCACCACCUGCGCUGCCCACCAGGCGAUGUGGAGCGUCUGGACGAUCCUCUCCUUCUGCCCCACCCCCCUUGAGCAGUGCGCGCAG